GGUCGGGGCUGGGUCGGGCUUUUGGUGCCGUUCUGGUUACCAUAGCUACCCCGAGAGUUCCAUCUAAUGAGGGGAGAGAGAGAGGAGCAGAGAUGGUGAGUGUGAAAAAUCUUUGCACCGAGUGUGAAAAGAGGGGCCAAGGACUGUGUGGCCUGAAAGAUGAGUAUGCGAUGGGAUUGCUGUAAGAUCUCACUGCGGGCACCUCCUCUGGACUACUCCUUCCGAGGCAUCAGCUUCAUCCAAGACCUGCUGACAGAGGAGCCCCGGGCUGGCCUCAAGGUGAUCAAGCGCUCGGCUGGGGGGAAGUUGCUGACCCAGGCGGUGCGUCUGAAUAACAACACCAUCAAUGAGCUGACCGACUUUGCCUCCACCAUGGAGCAGCUGCUGGAGCACCCCGACGAGCUCUCCUGGGUCGACCUCUCCUUCAACGACUUGCCUACUGUCGACCCGGUCCUGACUACAUAUCCCCAUCUCCGGGCCCUCAACCUGCACGGGAACAGCAUCCAGAGCCUCAGUGAGGUGGACAAGCUGGCCAUCCUGCCGUGCCUGCGCACAUUGACCCUGCACGGAAACCCCAUCGAGGAGGAGAAAGGCUACAGGAGUUAUGUGCUGUCCGUGCUGCCCCAGCUGAAGUCCUUCGAUUUCAGUGGCGUGACGAAGCAGGACCGCUCCACCGCCACCAUCUGGAGACGCAUGAACGUCAAACCCAAGAAGGUCAAGAAAAGGCGGGACGACUACUGAGGGGAUGGGGCCUUUGAGGCAGGGGAUGAAGCAGCAGCUGCACCAUUCAACGGGGCCCAGCACCCUGGCCUGGGGGGGGGGGCGUAAAGCCCGUGUGUUCGCUUAGGAAUAAAGGCUCAGAGCUCUG